UUUAAACCUCCGCUGCCAAAUUUCCCUUUUAUAAACCCUCCGGACUUUGCCCCUAAAACAUCUACUUUCUCUUUUCGCUUUUGAAUUUGCUUUAUCGCAUCUCUUCUAUUCUCUUCUUCUCUAUAUCACCAUUUUCUUGAAUUUAAUCAUCAAUGGAGACUCCAUCAUCGACAAAAAGAGUCACAAGAUCGCAGACUCUUGCUGCUCUUAACAACAACAAUAUUCCCAUUUCAAGGAAGAUUGAAGAUUCAGAGAAGGGUGCUUCAACAAGAAGACAACAACAAGAUCGCUCUGCACUUAUUGAUAUAACCAACGAUUCACCGAUCGUUGGACUUGCAAUGGGCAGCUUAGAGACACCUUCAUCAGCCAUAGUGAAGCAAAGAAGCAAUAGAGUCAAGAAUACGCCUGGCUCUGGAGAGGCAUUGCUUAGAGGUCAGGUGAAAACCCUGUUGCAGAAAGUUGAAGAAGAGGCUGAGCUGUCAAAGAUCUCACUAGAACAUCGUCCCGUUGUCCAUGUUCAAGGAUUUGUCAGUUCUCCAAUGGGACUGCUUGCUCCAACUCCUGCUAAUACACCGCAAGUCCAUGAUCUUUCUGAAGACGAUCGAAGUAUUAGUAGCACGCCGUUGCCAGUAGUUGAAGAGAACAUUUGUCAGGUGGUGAGUGAUAUCUUUGAUGGGAGAAAGGAAGAGAGCCUUGAAUCUCAAAAGAGUCUAACAAGGUCUUUAAUGCUUGACUUCUCUGAAAAAUCUGAAAUCACGGACUCAUCAUCAGAAUGCUCCUCUGUAGUGACCACUUGCAAAGUGGACAAUCCAUCCACAACAGAUGAUGACAGUGCCUCUAACUGGUCUAUUCAGGUUAAUGCAAGCACCCAUGAUGAAGACGAGGAGGAGGAAGAAAUUGAAGAAGAAGCGGAAGAAGAAGAAGAUUAUGAUCCUUGUGAUUAUGAAGAAGGUGAUGAUGGAGGACUGCUUGAAGCACUGUGCGAAGGCAUUGGCAAGAUAAGGGUGAGUGAGUGCAAUACGGCGGCUGCUAAGUUCACGGGGAAGCAUACAAGAUUUAGGUACAACAGUGAUGAUGAAAUUGUUGAAGAAGAAGUAGUAGAAGCUGCCGGUUCAUCAUCAGGUGUUUUGCAUUUGAAGGGUCUGCCAACUCCCAAGGGGAAGCAUCUCUACUUUCCUGAGGAAGAAGAAGUUUGAAGUAACGUGGUUAAAGUUGAAGGGGGGUGGUGUCUAACUCGACACUACAUGUUUGAGAUUUGUUGCUCUUUUCAAGGUUUCUACGUUUUGACAUUUUUUGUUUUUAAAUUUGAAACUUGAUUGCUAUUGAGAAACUUUUUUAGUCUGAGAUUUUGUUGAAAGAUCACUAAAUUGAAAGUGGUUGUGGUAUAAUUAAUAAUUCUGUACUUCAUUUCUUUGAUCAUCAAAGAUUAGUUCUAAUAUAUUCACUAUUGAUUUCUUUAAA